AUGACGCAAUACGAGAUCGCCUUACGACGCAGUCGGCGCUCACAUUCUCCGGCUGAGCUGGACGAGUUGGGCUCACCCUCGCACAAGAGAUCCCGCAUAGGGGAGCUGGACGCCUCGUGUGAUUUGUGCGCCCUGAUGUUCUCGGAAGGGGGCCUGAGGAGACUCAAUUCUCAGGAUGGCUUCACCCACCACACAUACAACGAGUGUAUUGCAUCAAAAGAUGGGGGCUGUAUGCUGUGCCAACUCAUUUUUGAACUUGUAUCUUGGACGCAUGACGAUGUCUGGGGAUCAGAUGAUCGUAUGGUGUUUCGGAACCGCCACUCGGUUACCGGGUUGCCAGCAUCCGAUAUAGACGUGCUUGAGGGAAGCCUUGAAGGCAGGCCUGAUAUGAUAAAGAUUUACCCAUUUGCUAAAGCUUCCGACCCGGCCGGGACCUUGGUAGGUCGAAGACCGCUGCGUCGAAAUGUCCAGAGUGGUUCGGUAUUCUCUGCAGCCAAGAAACUCAUCAGUUCUUGCAUGGGAUCAAACGACUCCCAGAACAAGGGACACCAGCAAUGUCGCUACUCUCGGGAUACUGUACUCCCCACUCGUGUUCUGGAUCUUGGUGACCCGAAGAUUCCUUCUCAGACUCUGUGUCUGCAGGUCAACGAAACGGAAACUCAUGGGUCUUACCUGGCUUUGAGCUACUGCUGGGGUAAGCCGGACUCAAAGGCAGAAACCCAACCUGUGCGUCUACAAAAGGAUAAUAUUCAGCAGCUCAUGCGCGAAAUCAAGCUUAAUAGCUUGCCGCAGUCCAUUCAAGACGCUAUCAUCGUCACCCGCAAGCUUGGCUUUAGAUACCUAUGGGUCGACGCUCUCUGUAUUAUCCAAGACCAUGGAGAGGACAAAGCACAUGAAAUUUCCAAAAUGUCGACCAUCUACAAGAACGCCGCCAUCACCGUGGCCGCCAGCGUUGCAGAGAAGGCAUCGCAGGGGUUUCUCCAAAGCCGGGGCAACAAGGCGACCCAUCUCCCCGAAUGCAUGCUCACUAUCCCUAUAUCAAACGAACAAACUGGGACCAUUUACCUAUCUGCCCAUCAGUAUGAACCUGAGCAUCCGCUCGACAAACGGGGCUGGGCGCUCCAAGAGUUCAUGCUUUCGUCUCGCAUGCUGAUAUUCUCCGAUUACGAGCUCCUCUGGCAGUGCAAGGAAAUCGCUCUACAGAGCGUUACCGGCACCCAGGGCGGUCUGGAGUAUCUUCAACCGCUAGAGUCCUUGCCAUGGGCUGUGUUUGACGACGAUGCGGAGCCUUACUUUGGAUCCCUCGAUGCUGACAAGGUUUAUCUCUGGAAGACAAUCAUUCACCAGUACACCGAUAGGGACUUGACAGACCAGGAGGAUCGUCUAAGGGCUGUGAUGGGCAUAAUUACAGAAUUGGAGAUGCUCUGGCGCGACCAAAACAUCCACGGACAUUGGAGCAAGUGGUUCGUGCAGCUGUUGGCAUGGUACAAGCCUGAUGUCGACAGAGUAAAGAAGCGGCACCUUAAACGGGCCCCAAGCUGGUCCUGGGCCUCGGUUGAUGGCGGCAUAUGCUACGAGGAACCCUUGACGAUUGAGGAUGCCAAGGUUAAGACGCUAACAAUGUCGAAAGUGGUACUUUGCUGUCGAAUUCUGAGUUCUGAUAAAGUUGAACUAGACAAGAUAGAUACGGUGCAAGAGAGGCCUGAUUUUGUAGACUCCGCCGCGAGGAGGGAAUUUGGCAACAACGAUUACGACUAUAUGCUCCUCGGUAAGACGCAGAACAGUAACGGCCGCGAAAAGGGGAUGGGAUUACUUGUCUUGAAAAGGGCUCGGCAGCAGUAUCGGAGAGUUGGCUUGGUCACUUUCAAAGACAUGAGCAUUUGGCAAGGUGUUAAGCUACAAGAAGUUGCCUUUGAAUAG